AUGACCCAAAUCUCAUCAUGGACGCUCCAAACCUUUCGCCGGAUUCUGAAAACCUGCAUAGACCACAAGGACCUCGAUACCGGCAGGUGCCUCCACGCGCUCUACGUCAAGUCCCUAAUCCCACGCCUCACCUACAUCUCCAACCACUUCACCCUCCUCUACUCCCGAUGCCGCCGCCUCUCCGCCGCCCGGAGGUCCUUCGACUCCACCGCCGACCCCAACGUCUUCUCCUUCAACCUCAUGAUUUCCGCCUACGCCGGAGAGUUCCUCCCCCACCUCGCCCGCCAGCUGUUCGACCAAAUUCCCGAUCCGGACAUCGUCUCGUACAACACCCUAAUCGCCGCCUACGCCGACUCCGGCGGCGCGUCGCCGGCGAUCGAGCUCUUUUCCGUUCUUCGGGAGUCAGAUCUUGCCGUGGACGGGUUCACUUUCUCUUCUGUAAUCACUGCUUGUGCUAAUGACGCUGGAUUGGUCAAGCAGUUACAUGGAUCCGCUCUCUCGGGCGGGUUUUGUGGUUAUGCUUCGGUCAAUAACGCUUUAAUUUCCGGGUACAGCAGAAACGGGCUUUUUAACCUGGCCGAAAGCUUGUUCUUCGAGAUGGGCGAAGUUAGAGAUGAAGUUUCCUGGAAUUCCAUGAUUGUGGCCUACGGACAGCACAAGCAAGGAUUAAAGGCGCUUGGUUUGUACCAAGAAAUGGUGCAUAAUGAAUUAUUCAUUGACAUGUUCACGUUAGCUAGCGUUUUGGCUGCUUUUACAAGCUUGGAGGAUUUACGUGGCGGAAUGCAGUUACACUGCCGGCUGAUCAAAACGGGUUACCACCAUAACCCGCACGUUGGCAGUAGUUUAGUGGAUUUGUACUCAAAGUGCAGUGGUGGCCGUAUUUCGGUAGCUCAGAAGGUAUUCGAUGAAGUUCCUCACCCAGACUUAGUCCUUUGGAAUACAAUGAUUUCUGGAUAUUCGACAAGUGAUGAUUUUCCAGAGCAGGCCAUCAACUGUUUCAAGAAGAUGCAACGUGCAGGGAAGUUUCCGGAUGACUGUACAUUAGUUUGUGCAAUCGCUGCUUGUUCUAGAAUGCCAUCUCCUUCACAAGGUAGACAAGUUCACUCCCUAGCCAUAAAAUUUGACAUUUUAUCAAAAUGGGUCUCGGUAAACAAUGCCCUCAUCACAAUGUACUCCAAGUGUGGGGAUUUGCAGGACGCGAGGAAAUUAUUCGACGAAAUGCCCGAACACAAUGAAAUCUCUCUAAAUUCAAUGAUUGCGGGCUACGCGCAGCACGGUCUCGGGCCCGAGUCACUAACCCUUUUCGAACAAAUGCUUGAGAAAAAAAUGAGCCCGACUAGCAUAACCUUCGUAUCCGUUCUAUCUGCGUGUGCGCACACAGGGAGAGUCGAGGAUGGAAAACGGUAUUUCCGCGCAAUGAAGGAGGAUUUCAAGAUCGAGCCCGAAGAAGAGCACUACGCUUGCAUGAUCGACAUAUUGGGCCGGGCUGGAAAAUUGGACGAGGCCCAAAUGCUUGUAAAGAAAAUGCCUUACGAUCCUGGGUUCAUGAUUUGGGCUUCGUUACUCGGGGCCUGCAGAACCCACGGUAAUAAUUUGGGCCUUGCGGAAUGGGCCGCCAAGCGGUGCCUCGAGCUGGACCCAUCGAACGGGAGCCCAUAUGUUAUGUUGGGCCACGUUUACGCCAAGGCCCAUUUAUGGGAAAAGGUGUCUUGGGUGAAGAGGCUGAUGAGGGAUGGGAAUGUGAAGAGGAGGCCGGGGUGCAGUUGGAUUGAAGUGAAUAGAAGGGUUCAUGUGUUUGUUGCGGAUGAUAAGGUGCAUCCGAUGAGGAAAGAGAUUUACGGGUUUUGGGAGAGAAUUUGGGAGAAAAUGAAAAAAGCUGGAUAUGUGCCGGAUUUGAGGUGGGCUUCGGUUAAGAGUGAUGAGGUUAGUGAGGACGAGAAGGAGAUGAUGGUGAGGUGUCAUAGUGAGAAGCUAGCGGUUGCUUUCGGGUUGUUGUCGACUGGAGAGGGUUUUGGUUUGGUUGUUAUGAAGAAUUUGAGGAUGUGUGGGGAUUGUCAUAAUGCGAUCAAGAUAGUGUCUGGUAUUAGUGGAAGAGAAAUUACGGUUCGGGAUUGCUAUAGAUUUCAUCAUUUUAAAGCGGGGGAGUGUUCGUGUGGGGAUUUUUGGUGA